AGGGCGCUGGGCGCGGGCGCCCCGUUCGCCCAUCCGUUCGCCCUUUCUGUCGCAGAUCAGCCGCGCAAAGAUGUCGCGGCGGCUGCUCGGAGGAGCUCCGCGCUCGCAGGGGAGGCUCCUCUGGACGAUAUGACGUCGGCGCGCCAGUCUCUCGACCGCCGCUCAUUUCACCAGUCGUCCACGCGGCUCCUGUCCCGUCCAGCGUCGCAGCAGUCCGUCAAGACGCCGCUUGGAAACCGCGGGCGGCGGAUCUCCUCGGAAAGCAGCCGUCGACCGCCGUCAGUUCGAUCGUCCAGGCGGCGCGGCGUGCUGGGCCCCUGAAUCCCGCGGCGUGAUCCGAUCCCUCACCGCGAGAGUCGGCGUGUCCAUCCGUCCCUCCGGUGGAACGGCGGGACCAAAGAGUGCGUGCUGCGGGUGACUCGCAAUGGAGGGACCACAGCGCGGGGGCCCCACGUUGUCCGCGGCGAGUGUGCUUUCCGUGGACGCCCGGCGAGCGAUCAAUACGGCCCGAAGAAAGAGCAGCGGCAGCAGCUAAGUCACACUGCCGCGCGCGAAAGCUGCAGAGAGGCAAGGAGGAGCCAUGCACCUGCACUUCGAGAGGACGUGCUCCUCGCGGACCGACUGUGCCGUGCUGUCGCUCACCUGGAUGGGCAAGGUGCCCGACGAGUUGCCCGAGGAGGACGGCUGGAGGCUGAACCGCGUCAACUACUACCAGGACGGUUGGCUGGCGUCGGGCAACGCGCGGGGCAUCGUCGGGGUUACCUUCACCACGUGCCACUGCCGCAAGACCGCCGAGCACCCCGUCCGGACCAACUACAACCUCAGAGGACACCGGUCCGAGGUGACCCUGGUCAAGUGGAACGAGCCGUACCAGAAGCUGGCGUCGUGCGACAGCAGCGGCAUCAUCUUCGUGUGGAUCAAGUACGAGGGCCGCUGGUCCAUCGAGCUCAUCAACGACCGCAACACCCAGGUGACCGACUUCGCCUGGAGCCACGAUGGCCGUAUGGCGCUCAUCUGCUACCAGGACGGCUUCGUGCUCGUCGGCUCGGUGGCCGGACAGCGGUACUGGUCGUCCACGCUCAACCUGGACCGGGCCGCCAUCCUGUGCGGCAUCUGGGCCCCGGACGACCACCAGGUGCUGUUCGGCACGUCGAACGGCCAGAUCCUGGUGAGCGACAUGCACGGCGAAGUGGUGGCCCAGGUGACGCUGGUCGAGGACGCGGCCAUCGUGGCCAUGGCCUGGUCUUGCGAGAAGUUCAAGAUGGAGGAGGCAGACGAGGAACAGCGAAGCGAAGCCGUCCCGCCAACGCAAGCUCCCGAAUCCAAGCUAUCCGUCCUGGCCGUUUGCUUCAGCAACGGAGUCAUCCACGUCAUGAAGAAUUACGACGACAUCUCGCCAACCAUCAUCAACACCGGUCUCAAAGAUAUCAAAGUGGAGUGGUCCAACAGCGGGGAGAUGCUUGCCGUGGCCGGAGUCACCUCAGAGUCCAGCGAGGGAGACUGUCGCAACAAGAUCCACUUCUACACGGAUGCCGGGCUCCUGCGCUUCGUGGCCGCCAUCCCUUACACCCAAAGCCCCGUGACGGCCAUGACGUGGGGCCACAACGACAAGCGGCUCUUCGUGGCCACGGGCAGCGUGAUCCACAUCGGCUGGGUGACGCGCCGCAUCGCGUCGCUCCAGCUCCUGUCCAGGCUCACGCUGCACCGCGCCUUGAGGCACGAGGACGCCGUGCACAAGCUCCCACUGCCCAGGAGGCUGCGGGCGCUGGUGGCCAACCUCUUCGGGCAGACGGUCAAGUGCUACCUGCCGGAGGCGAACCAGCUGCGCGAGUUCGUCUCCCGGCCUCACACGGUGCGCCUGCACUGCACCAUGGUGCGGCACGACACCGAAGACCUGGUGACCGGCAGCGCCACCUACACGCUCUUCCUGGAGUACCUGGGCGGCCUGGUGCCGCUGCUCAAGGGCAAGCGGGCCAGCAAGCUUCGCCCGGAGUUCGUCAUCUACGACCCGCAACAGCCGCAGCCCAAGAGGCUCCAGCCGCCCGGCGGCAGCAGCGACGCCACGCCGUCCGACAGCGACGUGGACGAAGGCUGCGCUUCGUCCCCAGGCUAG